AUGAUGAUAUCUCCGGCCACCUCUCUCUUCUCCUCUCAGAACUACAGUUUGAAUGGAAAGAAUCACCCCAUAGCGAUCGAAGCCGGAAUAGAGUUGGAGAGGAUUCAAUUGUCACGGGAAGUGUUUCAGCAAAAUGGCGAAGACACUAAGAACAUUCUGGAUGAAUUGACCAAUGGCAAAUCUCCAUCAUCAAGAGGGAACCGUUGA